CAAGGGGAACAUAGAUAAAUGGUCAUUAACAUAUCUUUUGUUUCCAAGGGUGGAAGAGGUCUGAGGUGUGAAUUGGUCUUUUCAAUGUGUGACAAGCUUGGUAGGAACAUCCUGUGUUCAGUGUUUUGUCCAUUUGAGUGCCUUGAAAACGAUUUGCAUUCAUUUUUCAUGAUGAAAAAAGGCACUGGACAGAAUCUGGAAAUGGAAGAGUUAAAAAAAAAUUUCCAAACAGGAACAUUUAUGAACGAGGUUAGCCCAUUUGACGUUUGAAACGCUGCUAAAAUCUACUGCUGAACACAAGUUUUCUGCAU